UCUCUCCUCUCAUAUUAUGGCGGACUCUCCUCUUAACAACUCCUGGCCGUCUUUCUCCAAACUCUGGAUGAAGAGGUGGUCCUUCAAAAGAGCCUCAGAGUGCAAGGCAUGCAGUCGACCCUGUGAGCCUACCAGCACCCAGCUUAGGGUCCAGCCUUGUGCCCACGGUGGGACAGGAUCAUCCUCCUCACUAUCGCCUGCAUCUAUUGCUGAGGAUGUCUUCUUUGGUCCCACUGAUGAAGACCAGCAGGAUGCGUGUUCAGUAGUCAGUGACUAUGACUGUCUUGCUGUGGAGGACAGCAGCAGUGUGGAGGACCUGCUGGGCCUCAGCUCCUCUCUCAGAGACUCAGAGUUCUUCAAAGACCUGGAAGGAGGGAUAGUGACUUUACAGAGUGCUGCAUCCACAGUAGCUGCAAUCCCAGACCACAAAACUGUCAAUACAUCUGCUAACCAUCACACGUCUCUGAUCACAGAAUGUCCUGUCAGUGACUGGUCUGCACAUCCCUCUCUGACCACUCACUCCCAUACAGUAAAGGCACUGUCAUCCAGCUCCUGGAAGCAGCCUACAGAGGAUCCUGGUCAGAGCUUUGUGGUCACUCAGCUCAGUCCCAAGUCACUUCCAGGGUGUAUUAUUGACAGCAGAGACUCCCCUGGCCCUGCAGUAGGAGUGAACUUGACAAUCGAUCUGAAUGGAUUGUUAGGAUCCAUGGAAUCAGCUAAAACAACGGCUGGAUCAGAAAUAAGAAAGGAGCAAAUCAAUAUGGACUUAGAUGGAGAGCCAGACCUGGACAGCUUUCCUAUUCUGGUCAGAUCGAUGUCGACUUCUCGAAGACACAGCUGGGGUGUUCCUAUGUCCCCCAUUAAUCUGGGGAGGAGACUAAGUCUGGAUACCAACGCAAUGGACAGUGAUGGGGACGGAGAUGAAGACGAAGACAGAGACAACAGUCUCUUUCAGUCAACUGAGCUGCAAACUGUCAACUGCACAGCAUGUCCCGACAGCGUCCAGGGGGACGAGCCAGAUGGUCACAAACACAUGGUCCCCUGUUCAAGAGCCAGAGUCACAAGCAUGGCUCCUGGUGCAGCUGGCAGACAUCUGUUCUCCCGCUCAGACAUCCUCGCCACAGACCAACAGUCUCAUGUUGCACAUGUUUCUCAUGUUGUACAGACAUCCAAACAGGCUGCGAGGGCAGCAGGAGGUGGGGAGGAGCUUGACCCUGAGGAGAACUUGCAUUCCACUGAAGGGCAGUGCCACAUAGUAAAGCAGAGGAACAACAAAGCUGAUGCCAAAGAUUCAGGAAAUGUCACGUGGUAUGAGUUCCUCUCUAAUGAGAAUGAGGAGGAGGAAGAUCGUAGUGAAAAGGUGGAAAAAGGCACCAAGGUGAAGAGAAGGCUCAGCUCUCUGAGGAACAGGAUGACUGGCUCCUUCACCAAAGAUAAGGGUAAGAACCGAGACAAGAGCAGCAGAAAAGAAGGGAAGGAGAGGGAGGCCAAAGAGAAAGAGAAAGUGUGCAGGAGGAACAGCAGCAGCAGCAGUAGUAACAGUCAUGGGCAUCAUUUGGUGCCAGGCACUUUCUCCAGCUGUGCCACCUGCUCACUGUGCAGCAAGACUCUGCAGAAAAAGCAUGGCCUGCAAUGCAUGAAUUGUGCUGUGAACGUCCACAAGAGCUGCAAGACUCUGCUGGGUGAGUGCACCAGCAGCAAGAAUAAGAGAGAAUCUUUGCAGAGGCCUGGCUGUUCGGGAUCCCCUAACCUUGCACUUAAAGACCAGGACAGAGAGCGUGACCCAACCUUGUCACAGGCCCUGGAUGGCCCCCCAGGUUUUCCCAGUGCCCCAGGCAUGACCAUUUUUCCCCGGGGACCCAACACUCAACUAGCUGCCCAUAGCAAUAGCUCCAGUACUGCCCCUGCAGCCAGCGCCUCCGGUCUCGGCUACAGCCUCCGCCACCACAACAGCUUGGGAUCCCUCCCUGGGGAGAUGGAUGAGACAGAUGCUCUGCGCUUCAAACGCUGCAAUGAAGAUGCCAUUUCUUUUGUUCCCUCUACCGCCGAGACUACCAUCAUAGAAGAUGCUCAUUAUGCAGUAGUGCGGGCUGAUCUUGACUCAGAUGCCCAGGACCUGGAGGCUGAGUCUUGGAGUUUGGCAGUUGACCAAUCCUAUGUUAAAAAGCACUCCAAAGAAGUGGUGAAGAGGCAGGAUGUGAUUUACGAGCUGAUGCAGACAGAGAUGCACCAUGUGCGGACGCUGAAGAUAAUGCUGCACGUUUAUGUCCGAGAGCUGAAGGAGAAUCUCCAGAUGGAUGCGGGCAGACUUGAUUGUUUGUUCCCUCGCUUGGAAAACCUCCUGGAACUUCACACACAAUUCCUUUCCCGUCUUAAAGAGCGACGACAAGAAAACAUCUCAUCCAGUGACAGGAACUACAUUAUCAACAAAGUAGCUGAUAUUCUGAUUGCACAGUUCUCAGGUGAAAUAGGAGAGAAGAUGAAGGAUAGCUAUGGAGAUUUCUGCAGUCACCACAAUGAAGCUGUCAGCUACUACAAAGAACAGUUGCAAAACAACAAAAGAUUUCACAACACCAUACGAAAAAUCAACAACCUGCCCAUUGUGCGGAGGUUAGGGGUGCCUGAGUGUAUUCUACUGGUGACACAGCGAAUUACAAAGUACCCGGUACUAGUGGAGCGGAUUCUGCACAACACCCAAGCCAGUACAGAGGAGCAUGAGGAGCUGACCAAGGCAUUGAGUCUUAUUAAAGGCACCAUUGGUCAGGUGGACACACUGGUUAAUCUCCAUGAGAAAACCUCCCGUCUCAGAGACAUACACAACAAGAUGGAGCCAAAGGCACAGGGGAAAAUCAAAGAUGGCAGAGUGUUUCGCAGAGAGGACCUUGCUCAGGGCCGAAGGCGGCUGCUACGUGAGGGCACAGUCAACUGGAAAGCUGCAUCUGGCAGGCUCAAAGAUAUCCUUGCAGUUCUCCUGUCUGAUGUCUUGCUCUUACUACAAGAAAAGGACCAGCGAUAUGUUUUUGCUACUGUGGAUAACAAGCCAUCAGUGAUCUCCCUCCAGAAGCUGAUUGUCAGGGAGGUGGCUCAUGAAGAGAAAGCAAUGUUUUUAAUCUGUGCUUCCUCCAACGAGCCAGAGAUGUAUGAGAUCCACACCACCUCCAAGGAGGAACGAAACACUUGGAUGACACACAUCCGACAAGCUGUUGAAAGCUGUCCACAUACAGAAGAGAGGCUAUUUAGUGAGGAGGAAGAAGCACGAGCUUCCAGGUUCAAAGAAUUUCAAGAACGAUUGAGUCAGAAGGAUGCUGUGAUUGUGCAGGCCCUCACUGAGAAGCUGCAGCUGUUCGCAGACAUGACAGAGUCUGUAGCAGGUCUGGAAGACACAGCUUCACGAUCCAGACUUCUGCUCCGGGGUGAUGCCUCAGACCUCCAGCAGGGGGAGGCUCUCCUCAAAGGAGCUAUCACUGAGGUGGAGAACCUCCAGAAUCUUCUGCAGUCUGGAGUGAGGGAUGAGGCUCCACGGCUGGAGGAAGGCAGUGGCUCUGGAGUCCUGCCCAGACGAGCGGGCACCUUUGGGGGCUAUGACAGAAGCCCCGCCAUCCUCAAGAAGAACGGCAGUAUGAAGAAGAGUUUUUCUGGUGAAACUAGAAACAGAGACAGGAGCCAGAGAGCCAGUUCUGACCCUCAACUUAAGGACCUUUGUGGCAGCAACACCCUUGAGCAAACGGUGGAUGAGAGCUGCUGCUUGCCUCCCAGAUGGAACCGCAUCUGGUCCAACUCCUUCCCCGAGGCUGAGUUCUUUGACAGAGUGCUGAUGCUCUCACAGAGGCUUUACAGUCUGCAGGCCAUCAUUUCACAGCAGGACAGUCACAUUGAGCUGCAGCGAGUGUUUCUGACAGAACGGGCCACUCUACCUGGCCGCCAUCGAGGGAAUGGGCUCCUGGAGCAGGAGAAGCAGCGAACCCUGGCGCUGCAGAGAGAGGAACUGGCCAGUUUUCAGAAGCUCCAGUCCCAGCACCGGCAGGAACAGCAACGCUGGGAGAAGGAGAAGGAGAGGCACCGGCAGCAGGUGGAGGCCAUUGAGGCCCAGCUCAGGCACCGGGAGGAGGAAUGCACACAGCUGGAGGAGCGUCUGGCAGAAGAAAGGGAGGAACUGGAGCGGCAGAGGGAGACAUAUCAGGAGGACCUGGAGAGGCUACGAGAGUCCACCAGAGCUGUGGAGAAGGAGAAAGAACGGCUGGAACACCAGAAGAAGAUCAAAAGGAAAACUAUUGAAGUGGUUCCUCUGUCUGGAAGUCUGAAUGGGGACCUCCUCCUGUCCUCCAGCCUCACCAGCCCCCCUGGUGUCUCCGAUCUGCCCCAGAAGCCCCUGGUACGCACUAGCCUGUCCAUGGCACCGGCUGACUACCCAGAGCGUCCCGAGGUGAUGCUGAGGCGGGAGGCGGGCUCCUCCACCCUUCCCCUGAAGACGGAAGUGCCGCUGCAUCUGUUCAGCACCACCAACCAGCAGCACAAAGCGGUCGGGGUGCAGCAGCAGAUCCCCACCAAGCUGGCUGCCCUCAGCAGCAUCAAAGGGAAAGGAGGCAAGAGCGGAAAAGCAUCGCAGCGCUGCGACAGCACCGCCUCGGCGGAUAUGAAACAAAUGCUGCCACUGAAGCUGUCUGCUCGGGAUGACCACAUCCUGAAGGCCAAGCACUCCAUCAGCCCCCACCAGCAGCUGUCCCUGUCGGCCCCCCCUCAGCCACAUUCCCUUCAUCAGUACACAGAUGAGUUCAGUCAUCUCGAGAACAGUGGACCAGACACCCAGAAUACCUCAACCCACCUCCCCAGCAUCCAGAAGCCCCCUAUGCCUCCUACUCAAACCCACCUUCUGGCCUCCAAGCAGCCUCCCAUUCUCUCCCCUCCUGGCCUGAGUAGUAGCAGCCAGCAGGGCCUGGGUACCAACAGCCAGCAGGGCCUGGAUACCAACAGCCAAGCCCAUGUGCAGAUAAACAUUCAUGGGCUCAGCCACAGUCACAGCAUCCCCCCACCCUACAAACUCAUCACUGAAGACCUCACCAAGGAGGACGUCAUCUUCUUCUAAAGCCCAGUGUCCUGCUGCCAUGGUGUACUCAGACUGUAAAAGGAGAAAAAAAACUGGCAUUACCAUGAUGGUUUUGAAUGUUAGGAAGAAGCAGCACAGCCCAUUUGAGUCACUGUGGUCACAUGGUGUUUUAUUCCAGAAACAAUUCAUUUCUUUAAAGAUGAGCAAUGAGCACCCAACACUCUUCUCCCAUGUUUGGUUUUAAACAGCCACAAUUUCUUAUUUAAUUUUUAGUUUAUUGUAAUGUAUUACAAGAAAAGCCUUGCGGUGGAAUAAAGGCAUCUUCUAACUGCUGUGAAAGGUUCAAGUCCUACCAGUCCAAAGACAGUCACCAUGAGAGUUUCUGCUAGACCUGGAUCAGUAAAGAUGAACUUCACACAAGUCUUAAUACACAAGCUGGCCUGAUGUGUGUGUUGCGUGCACGCACGCACACACACACACACUCACUCACUCCAUUCCAGAUGAAUGAAUGAUCCCUUUGUGGACUAAAUCCAUGUUCCCUGGUUGUACCAUUGUGAGAGUUGUGAAAGCUUGUUUCAUUUCAUUGCUGUUUUUCCUAAUCGUACCUAUCCUGAAGGCAAAAAAACCCCCCAUCUGUUAUGAAACAUGAUUUCAGUUCAGACAGACAUAGAUUUUAUUUUCCCUGGCUAUUGCAUCAUGAAGCUGAAUCAGUUAAGUCAAGUUAAGUUUUUGCAGAGUGAAACAAACUCGCAGAAUCUCGUCAACUUAAGCUCAGUUUUUGUAGCCAUAGCUUUCACAUUUCUGUCUCUGCACCUUUGGCUGUGCAUUUCUUUUGAGCAGAUACCCAGAAUACCUCGGUACUGUUAAAUAACCUACAUAUCUUUAUGUUGUCCAUAUGAUCCAUAAUAAAUUUGUCAGCCAUCGCCCACACCAUACAGCUACUGUUGUUAGCUUAAAGGUCAAACAUUGAACUGCUUUGAUUUUCUGAACAUUGACUUACUUGUCAAUUGCGAUUUAAGCUAAAUUCAUCUGGAAGUAUGAGCUCUGAGUCCCAGUAGAAUAAAGUUAUAGAGUUAUACUCCAGUGUUGAACAUACCAAAUCUGUAAUAUCAAGUACACAACUCCCACUAUCAUGAAAGCAUUUUCCAUGCCUGGAAAACUCAUGGAAUUCAAAUUGAUUAAAGUUUUGGAAAAGUCAUUGACUUUUUAGAGUUGCAAACUCGUCAUCCUUUGAAAAUUAGCUGUUAUGAGAUCAAAAUGGGUGAUGACAAGAUAAACUGUACUGGAGUGGUAACUCUGGGCUGUUAUACAGGGUGUCCCAAAAAAUUUGACAUCAUUGACUACAUGGUCAAAAAAAAAUUGGGACAUCCUGUAUAUAAACAAUUUCAGUUAGGAGACCUGCUUCUUGGAAAGGUUUUUAGAAAAUUAAAGUAUGUUUAUCUUCUCCUAAACUCAUCAUAUUACUAGUUUUACUUUUGAAUAAUUUUUCGUCUCAGGUUCACAUAAAAAUGAUUAAAAUCAUGAACUGUCCACAAGACAAAAAAAUGUUUUGUGCACAUUUGACCCAGCCAUAUUUUAAGAGAAACAAUGACAUAAGUAGAAUAUGAGAUGAACUACAAAUAAUUACCAAAUCUGAAAUAAAUGUCACAACUAUGUCUUUUGGAAUAUUAAAAUGACAUGAAUUCUACUGUAGGUUUCCCUCAUCUGGUCUGUCAGUAGAGGAGGCUUUUUAACCCCUGACAAGUUUGAAUGUUCAAAGUGGAGUCAAUCUCAGGGUCUGUCAAAGCUCAUCUACAGGGAUGACAUUUGUUUCAAUGGUGCAUUUUUCCUUGAUUUUGGACCUGUAUUUUUUUACAAUCCUUAGAAAAUGGCUGAUUGCCUAUUUGAAGUAUUUUAAGUGAAAUCUAAAGAACCAACAGUUUAAGACUAAAAAGGCUUCUAUUUAUGACCAUCAGCCUAAUUGUCUCAUAUUCGUCUCUAAAGUCACAAACAGAAAAUGGAAGCAGUUGACAAUGUUCACUACACCCAUUUCUGUCUACUUGUUUUUUUUUUGAGGCAUGAAAAGACAGUGUGAUUUACAUGUUUUUGAAACAUUGCCUCACUACAGCUUACUUUGCUGAGUUGAUGGGUGUAUCUCUGAGAUCCAUGUACAUGAUAUAUUUUAACCAAGGCCUAAAGGUCUCUUUGACAGUGUGUUUUAUUUUUUGACAAUGACGGUUCAUUAUCUCAUUCUUUGCCUUCUCAGUUUUUGCUCUCAACAAAAAAAUGAUACAAAGGCCAGUGUGGCUACAGAAAAACAACUAUCAGCUGUUGAAGAAAAAUAGAUGUCAUUCCCACUUUUCUAUCUGUACCAUGGAAUUGCUGUAUGAAUCUUUACAAUCAUGAAGUAUGAAAAAAAAAAUGUUGCUAGUUUUUGUUUGUGUGAGCUUAUGUCUUAUGUGUAAAUCAUUAUGUGGCGCUUCAGCAGUUUUUCAGUGUCUCUGUGUAGAUUAUGUAUAUUUUUGUAUAUACUGGACUGUUAGUGAUCUCUGCACUCUAUGCUUAUAUUAGGGUACAAAAAAGAUAUGACCCAUUGAAAUGCAUGUCUGCCAAAAUUCUGUUUGUACAUGUCAUGUAUAUACACAUAGAAUAAGGCUGUAUAUGAUGAAACCAGUCAGUCUGCACUGUUAGAAAAAGGAAGCUCAUUUAGAAGGAAAAGAAGAUGCUGUGUGUAUUUAAUCUCCUGAAAUGUUUCAGUAUCAUAGUGUUGAAGCCGAGGUGCACAACCCCACCAUCUGUCCGCCACAUCUGCAUUUUAUGAGUGACUGGGCUUAAGUAGCGAUCGUAAAAUCUAUAUCAUCAACUUGGUUCAGUCCAACCAAAGAGACACUCAGCUGGCUGAUGAAGCUGAUGAAGGAUAAAUGACGCCGUGGUGGCUGCACAGUGUCCACAGUAUCAUAAAAAACAUCCUCCAGGGGGAGUCCACAACCAGAGUGUUUACAGCAUGCUGGUCCAUGUCUUCAGUUUGAGUUUAGCCAUUUUCAUUUGAGGCCUGAUGCCAGAGUCACUUUCAUCUCAGACACCAAUGAACUACAUCCAAUGAAUCAUCCUGAAAUUAUCCAAACAAAUGAAUCGAUUGUUGAAUUUCCACUGUUGGAUCAUUGGUAUGCAUGUGAACACACUCAUUUAAUGUAAACCCCUUAAAAAUGUAUUAAAUCGUCAAAACUCAAGGCCCA